AUGGUUCGCUUCUCCAGGUCCUCCGCACACCGUCUCCUCUACGCACUAUGCUCCUCCACCACCACAGUCUCUCCAUCCCCAACCGGCUCCCUCAUCGGUGGCACUUUCCACCUCCGACACUUCUCAGCCGGGAACGUGGCACGUGCCAAGGCGGCGUCAGUUAACAAGGAGCCUUGGUGGGUGGAGUCUAUGGAAAUGAUUCGCAACAUCGGUAUCUCGGCGCACAUCGAUUCCGGGAAGACGACUUUGACGGAGCGGGUGCUGUUUUACACCGGUCGGAUCCACGAGAUCCAUGAGGUGAGAGGGAAGGAUGGCGUUGGUGCCAAGAUGGAUUCCAUGGCGUUGGAGAGAGAGAAGGGAAUCACUAUUCAGUCUGCUGCUACUCAUUGUACAUGGAAGGACUAUAAGAUCAACAUAAUUGACACACCUGGUCAUGUUGAUUUCACCAUUGAGGUUGAGAGGGCUUUGCGUGUCCUUGAUGGUGCCAUUCUUGUGUUUUGUAGCGUUGGUGGGGUGCAAAGUCAGUCCAUUACCGUUGAUCGGCAAAUGAGAAGAUAUGAGGUUCCUAGACUUGCAUUUAUUAACAAGCUUGAUCGAAUGGGAGCAGAUCCAUGGAAAGUAAUAAAUCAGGCUAGAUCUAAGCUUCGGCAUCAUAAUGCUGCAGUUCAAGUUCCAAUAGGUUUGGAAGAUGAUUUCAAGGGACUUGUUGAUCUUGUGAAGCUAAAGGCCUAUUAUUUUCAUGGUUCAAAUGGCGAAAAAAUUGUCAUUGAAGAGGUGCCUUCAGAUAUGGAAACCUUGGUGUCUGAAAAAAGACGUGAACUAAUAGAAACCGUGUCAGAGGUUGAUGAUAUACUUGCUGAAGCGUUUCUGAGUGAUGAACCCAUUUCAGAUGCUGAUCUUGAGGGAGCAAUUCGUAGGGCUACCAUAGCACAGAAAUUUAUACCGGUAUUCAUGGGUAGUGCUUUCAAAAACAAGGGAGUACAGUCACUUCUGGAUGGAGUACUUGGUUAUUUGCCAUGUCCAAUUGAAGUUAGUAAUAAUGCUCUUGACCAAUCUAAGAACGAGGAGAAGAUUGAGCUGACUGGAAGUCCUGAUGGGCCCCUUGUAGCAUUGGCUUUCAAAUUGGAGGAAAAUAAGUUUGGUCAGUUAUCAUAUCUAAGAAUUUAUGAGGGCGUCAUUCGGAAGGGGGAUUUUGUGAUUAAUGUUAACUCUGGCAAGAAGACCAAGAUUUCUCGCUUGGGUCGGAUGCAUUCUAAUGAAUUGCAGGAGAUUCAGGAGGCCCAUGCUGGCGAAAUAAUUGCUGUAUUCGGUGUUGAUUGUGCAUCAGGAGAUACUUUUACUGAUGGGUCCGUUAAAUACACAAUGACUUCUAUGAAUGUUCCUGAGCCCGUGAUGUCUUUAGCUGUACAGCCUGUCUCAAAAGAUUCUGGAGGGCAAUUUUCAAAAGCUUUGAACCGCUUCCAAAGAGAGGAUCCUACUUUCCGUGUUGGCUUGGACCCAGAAAGUGGGCAGACAAUCAUUUCUGGAAUGGGAGAACUGCACUUAGAUAUCUAUGUUGAACGCAUUAAGAGGGAGUACAAGGUUGAUGCUACAGUUGGAAAGCCCCGUGUGAACUUCAGAGAAACUGUUACUCAACGUGCUGAAUUUGAUUAUUUACAUAAGAAGCAAUCCGGAGGGCAAGGACAAUAUGGACGGGUGAUUGGGUAUAUUGAACCACUUCCUGCCGAGUCUGGAACUAAGUUUGAAUUUGAAAACAUGCUUGUUGGCCAAGCUGUUCCAUCAAAUUUUAUCCCUGCAAUUGAGAAAGGUUUUAGAGAAGCAGCCAACUCUGGUGCCUUAAUUGGACAUCCAGUUGAAAAUCUCCGAGUUGUCUUGACAGAUGGUGCUGCUCAUGCUGUUGAUUCCAGCGAACUUGCCUUUAAGAUGGCUUCUAUCUACGCUUUUAGACAGUGUUACACAGCUUCCAGACCAGUUAUAUUAGAACCUGUAAUGCUUGUUGAGCUGAAAGUACCAACAGAAUUUCAAGGAGCUGUUGCUGGUGACCUCAACAAGAGAAAAGGUCUGAUUGUUGGCAAUGAUCAGGAUGGGGAUGAUUCUGUCCUUACAGCUCAUGUCCCUCUUAACAAUAUGUUUGGGUAUUCUACAGCUCUUCGUUCCAUGACACAGGGAAAGGGUGAAUUCACAAUGGAAUAUAAGCAACAUGCACCGGUUUCUCAUGAUGUACAAAUCCAACUCAUAAACGCAUACAAGGGCACUCAGGCGGCUGAAUGA